GGCCCAGAACGUUCUAGUCGAGGAUCAUGUUUCCUCAAAACUGGCAUCUUUAUUUUACUUUCCCGCCCACAGCCGUAAUGUUGUUGUUGUAGCAGUCGAAAACUUGGUAAUUUAAGAAACAGGCAAACAGCAUUUGAACUCAAUCUCGUGGGAAACAGAGCGUAUUCACGGCGCGACAAAGAACAAACGUUUGGGUGCAGCUGCAGUGAAGAGUAAAAGAGUGAAAACUCGCCUUAAUUUCCUCACACCUCUUUGGUUCGUUCAACCUUAUAAGUGGAAUCCCUUCAACAUGUUCUCUUUGAAAGUGCCAGAAAUUGAUUAUCAAAUAAGCUUACAUCAUGUCUGGUGCUGAACAUCUAGAACUGUCAAAUAAUAAGGAAACAACUAAAGAAAAAACUAAUCGGAAUUUGUUGGCAGCGAGGCGACGCCAGCAAAGAAUGAGGAAUUUGAAUAUGACCUACACGAAAACUCGUAAAAGAAGGAAGCUAUCUAUGAACCCUGGGAGUAAUAAUGCAGUGGCCAACGCAUUACCGAAAGCGGAAUCAUCAUCUCUGUCAGUAGAAUCGGUGAUGGUCUAUCGAUGUCCAUAUUGUACCUUCUGGCAUCGAACACUGGAUGGGUUUCACGCUCACAUAUCGAAGAAACACGCAAAUAACACUCGAUUGUAUCAGUGUACGUACUGUCACUUAACAUCGGAUUCUCGCGACGAAAUUUUUGGUCACAUCAACCAACUCGAGGAGGCAGACAGUGUGCACAAAAGAGCCACUUGUCUCAUCCUUUCAAAAAAUCUUAUCGAACGAUACGCUGCUUAUCUCAAAACAACAGAGGUGCCCUCAUCUGCUAAUUAUGGGAAACUUCCCAAAAAUUCUGAUGAAGCCAACCAAACGGAUAAAAACAAGAAUGUUGUUACACAGCCGAACAUUACGAAACUCUCUCAAGAAGAAACCAAUUCUUCAUCCAUCCAAGACGAAGAUGAUAUUUUAUUUUUUCCGGAUAGUCCUAUCUCGGCCUUUCCCGAUACCUUGAUUUCAACCCCCUUCUCUGACGGUAGCGUAAUGAAUUCGUCUAAAGCUCAAUCUUUUAUUAUUCGUUUGGAGAAAGAAGACCCUCUGGAAUCGAAUUCAAAGAAAAAACAGAAAUAUGAACACAUGAACAAUAAUGUAUUAAUCUCGAGCAAACAAAGAGAAACGGAGAAUAAUUUGAGUACCCUUUUUGGGAUUCAACCUAUGGAAAUCGAAUCUAAAGUAAAUCUACUUCGACCUAUGAGUAGAAAUAAAAGAAAACUAUCAGAUCAACACCCGCAAAGCGGAAAUAGCUCAUCGGCGAACUUUUACAUGGGCGACAGUGGAACUGAUGAUUCAGAUGCAUGCAUACCAACUUCGUCCUCUGAAUAUUCUGACUGGUUAACCGACCGAGGAACUGCUUUGGAGCCUCCCAAAAAUAUAAAAAGAAAGGUGUCAAAGCCUAGAUCAGGUGGUUGGAUGGGGGCAACCCAGAAGAUAUUUCGUCCUGCGCCGUGUUCAGUUGUUCCACGCCGACUGCCUUUCUAUCCCCAGAUGGGUGACGAAGUUGUUUACUUCAGACAAGGCCACGAGCUUUACUUGGAUGCUGUCAAACAAAAGAAACUCUACAAAAUAAAUCAAAGUUCGCUUCCUUGGCACAACAAACUCAUUCGUGAACAAGAAUUGGUUAAAAUCAUUUCUAUAAAUUAUGAAAUUAAAACUCCAAUAAGGCUUUAUUGCUUGAAGCUCGGACUGAUGGAUCCGACCACCAAAUUGCUAACUGGUGAAACGUUCAGCCUGAAAUAUCAUGAUGUUGAAGGAGUGUUGGAUUUCCUUGUACUUCAGCAGGAUUUCGAUUUGGCUAUUCUACGCACCUGGCAGCCAGGUGACUGCUUCCGAAGUCUCAUAAAUGACGGUUAUGGAGAGCAAAUGUGGUGGGAAGGUCACAUAGAGGCAUGUGAACCAUUCAGCGAUCAGUACCCAAAUUCUCAAUUUCUCUGUUAUCGAGUCAGAUGGAGCAAUAAUGAAGUUGAUCGUGCUAGUCCAUGGGAUUUGGAAAGAGUUGAUUUAGAAAGAAGGCCUUCUAGGCCUUGGGCAAAGGUUCCUGCGCUUCCGACUGAGAUUGCGAGCUUAUUGUACAAACCGCAUGCCGAAGAUUGGCCUCCAGUGGGUGAUCGGGACUCGGAAUGUGACCGAAUUUCUUCUGGUUUCAGCAAAGUCAUGGAUAUGUACGUUGCAAAACAUUUUGCGACCCCCGUUAACCUUGACCUGUACCCGACUUACGCUUCCAUGGUGAAAUAUCCGAUGGAUCUCUCGACUAUUAAAGCAAGAUUGGAAAACCGCUUCUACCGACGUGUGACAUCCGUCCAGUACGAUGUGCGUCGCAUCCACAUUAACGCAUACAAAUUCAAUCUCCCCACAUCAGAUAUAGUUCGAAACGCUUCCAUCAUUUCGGACUUGUGCUUAGAGAUUAUUGGCAAUCGUGAUUCUGAUGACGUCAAAGCAAUGUGCCGUGAAAUUAAAGAAAAGUACAGAAUUCUGGAUGAAGAGGAGGAAAAGGCUGCGGAACGCAGCAAGAAAGCAGAACCAAGUAAAUCGUUAGAUAACAUCAAUAAGAAUCGGAUUGCUACUCCAGCCUUAACUUUCGCUACAAAUUGGAGGCAGAAAUGUGAUGAUUUAAUUAAAAUGUUGAAUCGGUUAGAAGGUGCUGCAUGGUGCCGAGCGCUUCUCAGCAUUCCGGAAGUACCAACUAGUUCCCAAGUCGUCGAUCUUCAAAUGGAUUUUCAAACAGUGCGCGAAAAGCUUCGGCUGAACAACUAUUUGACACCGAUGGGUUUCGCGAAAGACGUCCGUUUUAUCUUGGACAAUUCCAGGGAUUCCUACAGCGAUAAGGAAUCACCCAAUUUGGCUAAGAUUGUGCGAUUGUCAGAUGUAUUUGAAGAACACUAUAGCAAGAUUCUUUCUUCUUUGAAACCAUCGAAAAACACAGCUAGGAAAUCCAUGAAUUCCAGUUCCAAAGACGAUAUGUCGAGGAAGGGAAAAUCUCUAGCUCCGACUAGCUCAGCAAAUGAAUUUUCUAAAGGUCUCGAAAAUUCCAAAGUAAUUCCAAGCAAGAGGGAAGACCAGAUUGCUAGUAAGCCAAGCUCCUCAUUUGUACCUGGACAUGAACAACUUUGUGUCCAUAUUCCCGCCCUGGAUAAUAUCGUCAAUCUCAAUGUGGAAAUUCCCGACACUAUUCCUACCGACUCGUUUGCCAUAAGUAUUCUACACGAUAAAGGAUUCCUACAGAAUACGACACCGUUACUGAAUGAAAAGGAGCAAUUGAAUGUCGACAUUGAAAAUGGAUUCCGUAACUUGAAGUUGAUUGAUGCUGAACUGAAGAAAGACAUGCAGUUAUUGUCGGAACAGCAGCACAAAAUCGACGCACAAUAUGGCAAAUUAUUUCAACGCCGUGAAGCAACAGACAACCCUGACGGCGAAUCAUCCUCCCCAAUACUUCAAUUGACGUCCUUAACAGAUCUUGGAGAAAAGAUUCGUGGUCAGCUGUUGGUUUGUAAAAAAGAAAGAUUAACUCAAGAGCUGAGAUGGAGAGAACAGCAAGCAACUUUAUUGAAACUGGAACUCCAACUGAAUUCUCUUGACCCCAAUGAAAACGCGCUAGAAUUCAAAACUGUGGGGAAAGUCCUAGUCGAGACAAGAAAUCAAGAAAAGCAAUCGGAAAACAGAUUGAAUUCGAUUAAAGCUGAAAUCGAAUCGUUAGAACGGGAGCAACAAAAUUUGGGUUGCCAAAUCUCUGAUGUGAAUGCCAUGCAUGACAAAUUGGCUGGAAUGAAAGCUAUCAAGGCAUCAAUGGAAACUCAGAUAUUAAUGAAGAAAUCAAAGAAAAAUGAUAUUAUUAGCGAUCUUAACAAAUGGAUAAGCGCAUGGAAGGAGAUGGAGAUGAAAAUAAUCGAUGUCCUUUAUCAAGAAGCUGUUGGAGACAUAGAAAAGAUGGCGAAUGAAAGAUUCAGUAAAUUAGAGCAGGUUGUCAAGUGUGCGCUGAAACCAAACGGCGCAACAUCGACGCAGCUGCCAAGUUAACUCGAUGAAACAUUUUAUACUAUUCAAAGCACCAUACAAUUGUGAUCCUACAUCGAGAUUAAUAUUCCUUUCAAAUUGACUGAAUGAAUCUGCUUGCCUUUAUACUGAAAUAUUCUUGUCACUCAACAGUAUUUUAUUUAGAUUCUUUUUGACGCUUAGCUUUCAUUUUCUAAUGUCUAAAAAUGAUAUGAAUUGUUUUUUGGUUAACAAAGUCUUUCUUUGGAAAACAUGAUCCCAUGUAUUGAUACAUUAAGAUACACAGCUAAUACAUUUAAGUUUAAAAAAAGUAGUAGAAAUUUUGCACUAACAGAUACUAGGUUAUAACAAAAAAGUAGAAAAAAAGACGUGCUAUAAACUACUUAUUGUAAAUGUAACCCUUCCCUGCAGAAGAAAAAUCAAAGUGAUUUUUCUUUUUCUUAGAGAUCAAGGUCGAAAAUUAAAUCAUUAGUAGAAGAUUCACUAUUGGCGCGGCGACGAUUCGUUUUGGCCCGAUUCUUCUUCUUGUUCUUUUUUGUAGCAAAGUUUGGACCAUGCUGUUGGACCAUGCCUGGAUCCGAAUCUUCAACAUCGAUACCACUGUCGCAUAAAGUGGCGGAUUCCAUCGCAUCUGAUAGCUCGACAUCACAUGGAAUUGCGUGGUCGGAUUCAGCGCUUGAGCUCAUUGGCGGGUUCUCAACAUUACUGCUGUGUUUCUUGGCUUUGUUGCGCGACUUGCGUUGAUUUUUCUUGCGCUGGCCAAGAAUACUCGAAUUUGAUCUAAAAAUAUGUACAAGAGGAUAGACUUCUAGCUCCCAUUUCAAAAAAUCAACUGUAAUAAUAUACCUGAAAAGUUGCUUGUGCACCACAUUGCUGAACCUAACAGUUUUCUUCACUUUCUGACUCUCACCUUCUCCAUCAUCAUCCACCUCCUCCUCUUCACACCAAUCAUCAAGGGCUGAAUUUGAUUCA